ACUCACGAGUACGAACUCUUCUCAAUGAAGGAAAACGAGAAGAUUGAGGAAAUGUUUGAGAGGUUCUCUAACAUCAUUAAUCCUCUCAAUCUUCUCGGGAAGACCUACACCGACCGAGAGCUCGUGAGAAAGGUGCUACGAAGCCUAUCCCCCAAAUGGCGUUCAAAGGUGGACGCAAUCGAAGAAGGUCGUGACUUCCAAACAACGACUUAUGAUGCUCUUCGAGGUAAUCUUAUUACCUACGAAACCACCCAACUCUCAAAGGUGGUUGAAGAGAGGAACAAGAGGUCUAUUGCUCUACCCGCAACAACAUCAACCCAUAACAACGUUGAUGAAGAAGAUGAUGACAGCGACGACAUCGACCUCGGACUCUUUGUCCGAAAAUUCAAGAAGAUGAUGCUCAAGAAGGGAGCCAAGAAGAACACUCCACCCAAAUGCUAUGGGUGUGGUGAAAUUGGACAGCUUGCAUUAUAGAAGAUUUAGUAGGAAUGUUCAAAAAGGCUUCCAAAGAAAAUAAUGAAGUUAAACAAAAAAACCUGAUUUUUGAGAAGGAUGUAAAAGAACUCAAAAAUAUAAAUGAUAAACUUAAACAAGAAAUUAUAUCUUUUGGAAAAAGGCCACAAGAACCUUCAACUACUUCUUCUUCUACAUGUUCUAGUUGUACUUCAUUAAAAGCUAAAGUUGCUACUUUAGAAAGUAAAUUGGGAAAGUUCAAUAAUGCUUCAAACACCUU